AUGAUAUCAUUUACCAACUUAUAUACUUUCUCUUUGCUUGCAACCGCAGUCCUCGGUGACACAACCUCCACAACCUCCAAACGUGGUGCCGCUUACAAUGAUGCUGUAUCCGUGACCAAGAUAACUGGUGGAGGAAACACUGGUGUCGAAUACGUGCCCAUGCUUUGGGGCAAAGGCAGUGAAGAUUUCACCACAGGGAUUAAGAAUCUGCUGACAGCGAGAGGGGAUGAUAAGACAACCAAGAUAUUAGGCUUCAAUGAGCCCGAUAUCAAGGGUCAGUCCUAUCUAAGCGUCGCUGAUGCCGUUACAGAGUGGCAAACAUACAUGACCCAGUUUGCAAAAAACGCCACGCUGAUUUCCCCCGCUCCGACCUCAUCAGAGAAUGCUGAUCAAGGGCUGAAUUGGCUCAAAUCUUUCAUGACAGAAUGCAAAAAUUGUAACAUAAGUGGUCUUGCAUUUCAUUGGUACGGGACCUCAGCUGAUCAAUUCAAAACCCACGUCCAAGAAGCCAUCGAUAUUGCCAAUCUGCACAACAUUGACAAUGUUUGGUGUACCGAGUUUGGCUUGAAUGAUGAUAUGAACACAACAAUAGGUGUCCGUCAUUCAGAAAAUACUGUGGCAUUCCUCGAUGAAGUCCUCCCCUGGCUGGAUGACCAGCCCAACAUAACCCAUUAUUCGUGGUUCAUGUCCGCCAACAAGUUCACCUACUUCUCAAAUAAUAAUACAAUGACCGAUGCAGGAACCCAGUACAUUGCGAAUUAG